GGCUGAGUCACGUGGCGGCGUCACGUGGCGGCGGCGGGAGCGGAGCGGGCGCCCGUCUCCGAUGCGGGGUCCCCUCCUGGCGGCCGCGGGCGCUGCCAUGGCCACGGGCGGUCCCCUGGCCCGCACCAUCCGUGCCAAGCUGACCGCGGCGCUCCAGCCCACCCACCUGGAGAUUCGGAAUGACUCCCCCCGCCACGGGGGCCCCCCCGGAGCCGAGACUCAUUUCGGGGUGCUGGUGGUGAGCGGGCGCUUCGCGGGGCUGCCGCUGCUGCAGCGGCACCGCCUGGUGCACGAGGCGCUGCGGGCCGAGCUGGCCGGGCCCCUGCACGCCCUGCAGGUCACCGCCCGCACCCCCGAGCAGUGGCGCGGCGACCCCCAGAACCCCCCCGCGCCCCCUUGCCUGGGGGGCUCCAAGCGGGAGAAACAGCGCGGGGCCCGGGAGGAGGAGGAGGAGGCGGCGGGGAAGCAGUGACGGGUCGGGGAGACCCCCGGGAGCAGCGGGGGGGCUGCCGGGACCCCCCCCAGGAACAACGGGGGGAUCCUGGGACCCCCUCCCAGGAGCAACGGGGGAAUCCUGGGACCCCCCCCAGGAGCAACGGGGGGAUCCUGGGACCCCUCCCAGGAGCAACGGGGGGAUCCUGGGACCCCCCCCAGGAACAACGGGGGAUCCUGGGACCCCUCCCAGGAGCAACGGGGGGAUCCUGGGAC